UCACAAGCCUCCGGCUCGAACCUUCGGCCGUGCGCUCAUUCAGCGCUUCAGCGCUGAGCGGCGAUGGGCGACGAGGGUCAAUGCCGGAUCUGUUUGGCGGGCCCGGAGGAAGGUGAGUUGAUUCAGCCCUGCCAAUGCCAGGGAUCCAUGCGCUGGGUCCAUGCGACCUGCUUGGCGCAGUGGUGGCAUCACAGGUCGGCGGGUGGUGUCGAUGUGCCUGCGGAAGAAAGUCAUUUGCGCUGCGAUAUUUGUUCGCAGCCCCUGGCGCUGAUGAGGAAAUGCGAUUCUGGACGUGGCCUUUUCCGCUUCCUUCGGCAUCGGCUGUUUAAUUGCUGGCGCUCGACUUGGCAGCCUUCGCCGCGGCAGGCUAUGCGACAGCAUCUGGCAGAAAUAGCGUUGGCGCAAUGGAGGGCCUAUCAGCAGCUACGAGAGCUCGCGAAGAACCACCCCCUGGCGUUGUGUCUUUGGGCUUUGAUGUCCUGGUGGACAGUGGCCGCCAUCAAAGUACCGAGUCCGCCCAGCCACGGGCACAGCACUGGUCCUGGCGGCCAGAAGUUUCUGGAGCUCGGAUGUUGGGCUUUUCCUCUCGGCCUCUGGUGCUCGGUGUUGAGACUCGCCGCCACACCCGCCUGGCAGCGGGAACAGGAGCACUGGAGGGUUCUUUUUGUCUCUACCUGCGGAUGUUUGCUGAUGGUCGGCGCCACGGGCACUUUCGCUUCCGGACUGGGACCCGGUCUCCAGUCUCAGCCAGCGGUGGCACCUUGCAACUUCGCAUGCGUUCUGUCGCCGGUGGUGCCGCUGGUGCUUAUGAAGGCUGAAGCACAGUGGCUAUGGCAACUAUGGCCUCCUGGCGAUGAGGCUUUACAAGUUCAAACGCAUUUGUUCUGGACGGCGGGCAUCUUUGCCAUCACCAUGAGCAACCUGCUGAUGUCGGGCUUCAUGUCUUUGAUGCAGUACCUGGGUCUGCAGCUCGUGGAACUCUUGCCCGCCACUGACGCGGCAAAACUGCAGCAGCAAAUGAUGGCACAGAAGCCGGAUCCCAUCGAUGGCUUGUUAUGGGCCACCUAUGCGCUGAGCAACGUCAUGGCCGCCCUGCAUCUUCCCACGGUCCUGCGGGGCCUGCGCCUUCAAGCUCCGGAAGGCUUGGCAGUGGAAUCCUGGUCACGCCUGGGAUCCUUCGUGGUCUUUAUCGCCGCCGGCGAUCUGCUGUGGCUGGCGAUUUGUGGAUCCCCUUGGUGGGUUGACAUCGUGCAGCUGUGGUGCCUCUCCUUUCUAUCCCUUUGCUGGAAGCUUGAAGCCUCGCCCUUCCGCAUCGCGGGUGCCAUAAUCCUCGCUCCACUGGGGCGUUUGAGGAGCAACUGGAGGCUGCAAAGGUUUCGCGAUGACUUGCAGUCGGGCGAGGUGACCUUUACCAAUCGUCAGCCUCUACUAGAGCCUUGAAGAGGGAGCGCUUGGAACGCUCGGAAUGCCUGAAUUUUUAACAUACUGUGGGACGAAAACCAUUUCACACC